UCAUGUGAUACGCAGGCGGAAGCCAUCGCGUAAACAGAAAGACACUCUCCAGAGCUCAAACCUCUGUUUUUUUCAUAUUUGCUUUUUAGCGCUUAUUUUUUGGACAUUUUGCAAUGUCUUUGAGCCAAGUAAAAGAGUCUAGCUUUUUGGGUGGCAGGAUACCACCAGAAAUCGAGGCAAUGUCGAGAAACUUGAAGGAUGUGGACCAAGAGUUGUUCAGAAAAUUACUCAAAGCUGUGGUCAGUGCUCUGGAGGGGAAGGACUGCAGAGAGGCGAUGAAGUCAGUAGCAGAGAGCAGUGUUAUCCCACAGGAGAGGCUCAGUCACAUCAUAGCAGGGAUGCACCGAGUCCUGUCAGAGGCCAUCCGCAUCCCCACAAUGUUACUUAAGCAGGAGGCUUUUAAGGAAGAUCUCAGAGAGCUGAGGAUACCUGAAGACUUCGUCUCGGAUUUCUCCAGUGUGGUUUUUGGAAAUCGUCGCGCAGCUCUGGAAGCAGCGUCCUCGCAGAGGGAUCCUCAGCUCCCCGCUUUAGAAGACUUUAAAUGGAGAGUGGAUGUUGCCAUUUCUACAAGCUCUUUAGCCAGAGCCCUGCAGCCAUCUGUUCUCAUGCAGAUGAAACUCUCAGAUGGAAGGUUUCACCGCUUUGAGGUGCCCGUGUCCAAAUUCCAAGAGCUACGUUACAACGUGGCUUUGAUUCUCAAAGAGAUGAACGACCUGGAGAAGAGAAGUAUUCUGAAGAUACAAGACUGAAAAACAGCCAGUCUGUCAGUACUGAAAUCCAGUGGAGUGUUGCGUAGUUUUGUUUUUGCGAACAUUCCUUGCAGUUUCUCGUGUGUCGUCAUUCGCCGAAGGUGUUGGCAUCCAACAUACUUGAUUCGGCACAGAGAAAAUGAGCAUCACAGACAAUAUUUGCACGUAAAAUGAGACUUUUUCCUCUUUUGUUAUGGCUACAAACGAUGAACAUCACUCAGUACCUCCACUGAGUCUCUCUGAACAUCUGCCUCUGAAAAUGUGCUUAUCACAAGUAUUUUUUAAAACUCAAAUUUACAUAAGUCAACUCGUAUCCGGAAAAAAUAGAUCUGUUCAUUCUCUUCAAGUUGUUUGUCAUUGUGGUACUUUCAAGAGCCACCUUUCUGUCUUUAAAAUAAAGCUUUUAGUACAUUUAAUCUUUAAAAAGGCAAACAGAAAUUAUUUGAAGCAGAUGGAGCACAUCUCAAGGCCUGAAGGAGCAGAGGCAGAAGGAGGACCACCGCUGAUCUUCAGGAAGAGACGAAGGCCUCUAGAUC